UGGCACGUUUUGUUUGUUUGGGUUUGUUUAUACGUUUAAUAGUUGUAUAAAAUGAGCGCGGAAAUUGACCGUGAAGACUUAAAACGCAGCGCAACUGGAGAUACUGCGGAAUUAGAGAAAGACGCUACGCAGGAAACAGAAGCAGAGGGAGAAGAUGACGGCUGGAUUGGACCGCUGCCAUCGGAACAAAGCGCGGCAGUGCCGGCAAAGAAAAAGAAAGUUUUGCCUUAUGAACACAUCUACUUGGAGAAUCUGCCCAAUGCCGAGAGCUAUGAGCGCAGCUACAUGCAUCGCGACGUUAUCACGCACCUGGUGAGCACCAAAACUGAAUUCGUUGUCACAGCCAGCAUAGAUGGGCACAUCAAGUUUUGGAAGAAAAUGGAUCUGGGCAUUGACUUUGUUAAGCAUUUUCGUAGUCAUUUGGUGCCCGUUAAAACGCUGACAACAAAUAGCAGUGGAACAUUACUCUGCUCGGCGGCGACCGAUCAAACAGCAAAGGUUUUCGAUGUGGUAAACUUUGACAUGAUCAAUAUUAUACGUUUGGGCUAUACGCCGCUUUGUAGCGAGUGGAUAAGCUCGCCUGGAGACGCAGUUCAGGGCCUGGCCAUCACCGACUCGGAGAGUAACAGCAUACACAUCUAUGAUGGACAGAGCGGUGGCGAUGUCCUGCACACUCUGGACAAAUUACAUUCAGCGCCGGUCGUUGCUAUGUGCUUUAAUUUGGCCAUGGAAACGGUCAUCUCGGUUGAUCGCAACGGUAUAUUGGAGUACUGGCAAAAUUCCAGGCAUGACUACAAAUUCCCACAGCGAUUGGUUAGUUUUAGCUCUAAAUUGGACACAAGCCUCUUUGAGUUUGCCAAGAAUAAAACUCAAGUAACGGGUCUAGCAGCAACGCCGGAUGGCAAACGUUUUGCUGCCAUUUCAACGGAUCGCAAAGUGCGUGUAUUUCAGUUUAAUACGGGCAAACUGUUGCGUGUAUUUGACGAGGCGCUCUCCACGUACACACAAAUGCAGCAGACGCCACAUGCGCUGCCCAACAUGGAGUUUGGCAGAAGAAUGGCAGCUGAGCGUGAUUUGGAAAAGACCGCGCAAAAUACAACUCUAAAUAUACUCUUCGAUAGCACUGGACAUUUCCUGCUGUAUCCCACGAUGCUGGGCAUCAAAGUUAUCAAUGUGGCCACAAAUCGCUGUGUCACAAUUUUGGGUAAAACAGAUAACAUUCGACCAUUGCAAGUGGCGCUGUUCCAAGGUAGAAUCAAGCGACAGAAGGCUGCCAUAACGCUCGAGCAGGAGGCUAGCGAGAAUCCAGCACUGCAGAACUUGCUCAAUGAUCCGACAGCUUUUUGCACAGCAUACAAAAAGAAUCGAUUUUAUUUAUAUAGCAGGCGUCUGCCCUCGGAUCUGCAAGAUGUUGAUCGUGACAUAUUUAAUGAGAAGCCAUCAAAGGAGGACAUCAUUGCCGUGCCCGAGGCUCAAGACGAAGUUAUACAACGCAUCUAUGAAAAUGUGGUAUUGCACACCACCAAAGGUGAUAUACAUAUGAAACUGUUCUUUAAGGAGGUACCAAAAACGGUGGAAAACUUUUGUGUUCAUGCGAAAAAUGGUUACUACAAUGGACAUAUAUUUCAUCGUGUGAUCAAGGGCUUUAUGGUGCAGACUGGGGAUCCCACAGGCACGGGUACCGGUGGCAAGUCCAUCUGGGGGCAUGAUUUUAAAGAUGAAUUCGUGCCGAGCUUGAAACAUGAUCGUCCGUAUACUGUAAGCAUGGCAAAUGCUGGUCCCAAUACAAAUGGCAGCCAAUUCUUUAUAACAGUCCUGCCUACGCCUUGGCUGGACAACAAGCAUACGGUGUUCGGCCGUGUUUAUCGUGGCAUGGAAGUCGUGCUCAACAUAUGCAAUGCUAAGGCAAAUCCCAAAACCGAUAAGCCCUACGAUGAUAUUAAAAUAAUUUCAAUACAUUUAAGUAAUUAAGCAGUAAUUAGCAAUAAAUAAAUGGUUUUAUCAA